AUGUACAUGGAUCGCCUCAAAUGCAUAAUAACUGACUGGUUGGGUGAUAGGGAAGACAUUGCCCUCAAUCUAGAAAUAUCGGACAUGCUGCGAUCGAAGAGCGUUCAGCCCAAGGAUGGAAUGAGGUCUUUGAAACGUCGACUCGAGAACAGAAACCCCAACAUACAGUUAGCAACGUUGAAGGUAAGUCGCAAGCGUUCCGUGAAUCUAAGAGUCGAAACAGACACUGAUAGACGUGUCUGCCUACAGUUAACCGACACAUGUGUCAAGAACGGAGGCACCCACUUCCUGGCCGAAAUUGCUUCACGCGAAUUCAUGGACAACCUUGUCUCCCUCCUUAAAUCCGAAGGAGCCCCGCUUAAUGCCGACGUCCAAGGGAAGAUGCUGGAGCUCAUUCAAAACUGGGCCAUGGCCGCGCAGGGUCGGAUGGAUUUGAUGUAUCUGGGCGAGACAUAUCGCAAACUGCAGAGCGAAGGCUAUCGAUUUCCACCAAAGACAGAAGUGAGCGGAAGUAUGCUCGAAAGCAGCGCACCCCCGGAGUGGAUCGACUCCGACGUCUGCAUGCGAUGCCGGACUGCCUUCAGUUUCAUGAACCGCAAACAUCACUGUCGAAACUGUGGUAAUGUAUUCGACGCUCAAUGUUCUAGUAAAACGAUUCCACUGCCCCAUCUUGGCAUUCUACAGCCAGUCAGAGUGGAUGAUGGUUGCCACGCCAAAUUAACAUCCAAGACCUUUGCACCUCCGGGACUCAUGGACCGGUCGGCCUUCAAGAACAAUUCGAUCAGUAAAUCCAACAAUAUGGAACCUCGGGCUGCUAAGGCAGAUACUGGAUUCGAUGACGAUCUGCGCAAGGCCUUACAAAUGAGCCUUGAUGAAGCGGAAGGGAGAGGCUCUACUGGAUUCGUACCCCAAACACGGAAUGUCCCUGAACCUGCUCAGGUCCCUGAGGUUACGGACAAUGGCGAAGAGGAAGAUGCAGAUCUCAAGGCUGCGAUUGAGGCGUCUCUGCGCGAUAUGGAACAGCACAAGCAACAACAUGCUGCCGCAUUGAAAAACGUCCCUGCCCCAAGCUCUGGACUGCGUGAUUCCUCCAGCACACCUGCUCCUGUGGCCAAGAAUCCGUAUGAGCUGACUGCUGUUGAAAUUGAGAACAUUCAUCUUUUCUCUACACUGGUUGACAGGCUCCAACAUCAACCCCCGGGCACAAUACUGAGGGAGCCACAGAUUCAAGAGUUAUACGAAAGUAUCGGUACACUUCGGCCAAAGUUGGCUCGGAGUUAUGGGGAGACUAUGAGCAAGCAUGAUACAUUAUUGGAUUUGCACGCAAAGCUCUCCACCGUCGUUCGCUACUAUGAUCGGAUGCUAGAAGAGCGUCUCACUAAUGCCUAUUCCAACCAUAAUCUUGGCUAUGGAGCCAUCCCUGGAGCCACCCAAUAUCCGAACAUCCAACCCGGGUAUCAACCCCAAGCCCCUGAUGUCAAAUCAGGCGUCGAGAAUUACUACUAUGGUAAUCAGAUGGACACUUCUCGGCCGCCAAACGCCAUGUAUGCGCCGCAAGUAAAUAAUGAGGCAUACCAAGGCGCACCCAGCACUGUCCAAGGCUCCGUCUAUCCGCCGCAGGCUCAGCAUGGAGUUCCGACAAACGAGUCCCACGCUCAAGCUUGGGGCGCAAGCCCAUAUCCAACUCUCGGUUCCCCCUCACCCAGCAACGUCGUUCCAAAUCACUAUACCACUGCUCCGACACCCAGUGCUCCAGGUCAACAUUAUGCUGGACCCUCAGCUCCAACCUCGGCAAAGUCACCUGGUGCAGAAGCCCCAUACCAACCAUCACCGACCAUGGGACGGGAAUCCCAGUAUGAACCCAGCGCACCGCCCACCGGCCCGACGUCCCCGUCCGAGCAACACUCGUCUGCUAUAUAUGGACAGCAACAUGGGUAUUCUGUUCCUCCCGCUGCACCGGCACUUCAUCAGCAAGCCACAGGCCCUUCUGCACAGUCUUACUAUUAUCCGCCUCAGCCUCAGCAGCCUCCCCACACCGUGGCAUCUGCUUACCCCCCGACGCACGACGGCCAACCGGGGACGUAUGCACCCGAAACCUCCGGCCAACCGCCUUAUCAGCAACCCUCUCGACCAGUAGUAGAGGAGAGCUUGAUUGAGCUGUAG